AUGUCCCUAGAUUUCGGUCUCAAUGACGUCCACGUCCUAAUCACGUACGUCACGCCUCCCAAUACCAAUCAUAAGAACCACCAGCUAAUAACCCAUAUCAGUGGAGCGGCAGGCGGCAUCGGUCUCGAAACAGCCAAAGUCUUCCUCCAACUCGGAGCACGAGUGACAGCACACUACAAUUCCAAACUCGGAGACCUCGCCCAUCUUUCCGGAAAGAUUACUGCAGUGCAAGCAGACGUUCGAAACGAGGACGCCGUUCAGAAACUUUUUGUCCAAGCUGCUGAGAAGAAUUCUGGACAAGCUGUCAGUGUUUUGGUUGUGAAUCAUGGGGUUUGGCCGGAGAAGGAUGCGCAUGUCGCGGAUAUGGAUCUUAAGCAAUGGAAGAAUACGAUUGAUGUGGAUUUGACGGGGCCGUUUUUGUUGUGUAGGGAGUUUUUGAGGGCGCUUAGAGGUGCUGGUGAGGAGGUUAAGGAGAAAGCGAAUAUUAUUUUCGUGGGUUCCACAGCUGGAAAAUUCGGAGAAGCCGCCCACGGCGAUUACGCUGCUUCCAAGUCUGCACUCAUGUACGGGCUGACUCCCACGCUCAAGAACGAAAUCGUACAUGUUGCGCCCAAAGGCAGGGUCAAUAGUGUGAAUCCUGGAUGGGUGGCUACGCCGCUUGUUGAGGAGGUUUUGAACGACGAAAAGUUUGUUGAGAGGGCUUUGGCUACGACUCCGUUGCAGAAAGUUGGGAGACCGAGGGAUGUUGCGAAUCAGAUUGCUGUUAUGGCGAGUCAGACACUAUCUGGACAUUUGAGUGGUGUGAAUUUGCAGGUUGAUGGGGGGAUGGAGGGGAGGUUGUUGUAUCCGCCGAGAUUGCAGUAG